CCGGUCCAGGUGCGUUUCCCGGUUGAACAGGUGAAUCAUCGCCGCUCGCACUACACUACUACACGGGGAGUGCGUGUGAGUGAGUCAGGUUUCUGUGGAAGAAAAUCAGGAACUUCUCUGACGGAAACUUCACGUUGUUGCGCAAAAAGUUAGCGUUUUUCUAAUGAAGGCUCGUUCGCUUUUUAUUCAUUUUAUUGUUGCGUGACAGUGUUGAGGAGGAAGCCGAAGUUGAGCGGCUGUUAGGCGGACACUUUGGAAGGCCUGCCCUGGAAACAUGCUGCUGUCCGGCGUCCUGCUCCUUCUGCUCAGCCGAGCCGCUGCCUCUGCCAUUGUUCCGCCGCCGACAAACGUGGUGCUGAGCUGCCUGAAUCUCGACGUCGUGGUCACGUGGGAGUACAGCGAGCAGGGACCAGAAACCAGAUUCAUUGUACACAUCGUAGGGUCUGAAGGGGAACCCUAUCAGAACGAAACCACAGACCAUCAGUACGAUCUGAGCGACUACAUCUGGGCGUCUGAAGGGCGCUACAUGGACAAUUAUUACGUCACCGUGACAGCCGUGGAGGGAGGCAACCAGUCCGAACCAGUAUCAUCCAAAACAUUCUCCUUUAAUACUGUAAAGACGGUCAAAAUAAAAUGUAAAUUAGACUUCCCUCCCGUGGAGGUGGAUGUGGAUGAGAAGGAUUCGGGCGCCAUGGUGAGCUUCGUGAAUCCCCUCCACUACUACGACCGACUGAAGCACGCUGACAAGCCGGAUGCUACCAUCUUUAAGUUCACGGUCUCUUCAGGUUUUGGAGACGGGUCUUGCACGGCGGAACAGACAAACUGCAAACAUGACCUCUCUUUUUCUGAGGGGGAGAAGAAGUGCGUUAACCUGACAGGACUCUUGUUAAAAGGGGACCGUGCUGGCCAGGUGUUGUUCAGAGAGUUACGCGACAUCUGUGCCACUCCAUCGACUGAGCUCCCUGCGAUAGCGCUCGCUAUAAUGCUGUUCCUCCUCUUCGUCGUAAUCAGUGUGAUUACUUUUCUGAUCUGCAAAGCAAAAGCCUGGACGAUGAAGCUACCCGGUCUGCCCUCGGCUCUGGAAGACUUAGAAGCUGCGAGAAACCCCUGGGACAGGGAGUAUGAUCCCGUGUCCGGCACAGACUACAGCCCGCUGACCGUCGUCCCCGUCCAGCCCUGCAAGAACCUGUCGGUCAGCUCCGAGGACGGGGACAGUCUCACCGAGGAAAGCUGCUGCUGCUCCUCCUCCGGGGGGGAUCUUGCAGAGGGAUACAGGGGAGACGAAGACUUCGCAGAGGACUCGGUGAAAACGGAGACGCUUCCCAUCGAUCUGGAAGGGGCGGAGGAGAAGGAACGGUCUCCCUACGACUGCCCGCACAACCUGCCACACAACCUGCAGGUGGACCUGGGGGACGGAGACAUGGUCACGGGUUACAGCGAGAGGGAAGGGCAGUCCUGAUUUGGGAUUUUAAAUUUGCACGGCGUUGGUUUUAACUCAUGCAGGUCACGAUCGUACCUCGGGGCUAACUAGGCACUAUAAAGCCUAAACACUGCAUUCAGGGAGGUUGUGCCUUUGCCGAGAAGACCCUGAGAGACGCUCAAUCUGUUUUUUUCUUUCUGACUGCACUGU